GAUAAGCGAUGGGAGUUAUCGGAGCGAUCGUAGGCGUAGUUCCGUAGGGCUUUCGACUCUAGUGUUUCGGCUGUCUGUCUGCCGCGUGGCGCGGUCGCGGUCGUCGACUCGCUGCACUUGCACCGGGUCCUCGGCGCUCGGCGCUCGGCGCUCGGCCACGCGCUCGGUCAGUGCGCGCCAACACACCGCCGCCGGCACACCGCGGCGCCGCGCCGCGAAACAAUACUUUUUAAUACCUACUCGAGUGGUCGGUUUUUGGGUUUGAACUUGGACUUUGGUGUUGUUUGGUUGCACUUGUUGCUUGGGCACGCGAGGCAGUAGCGCGGAGCCGCACGCGCCGGCAUGCCACGCUAGGAGCAUGCGGCUGCUGCUGCCGCUGCUCGUGCUGCCGCUCGUGCUCGCGCGCCCUGCAGCAGCCGGGAUCUGCUGGUCGGGAAUGGAGCGCGACGGGCGUUGCAGCUCGGUGGCGGCGCUUCGCGUGGGCCGCGCCGAGUGCUGCGCGGGCGGCGCGCGCGCCCCCGCGGCCUGGAGUCCGCGCGACCUGGACAGCGGCGAGAUAUUCUUCUACAAGGCGCUGUCGGGCGGCGUGCCCUGCACCGCCUGCGCCGAAUCAUGCGCAGGCGUGUCGUGCGGGGCGGGACGUCGCUGCGUGGUGCGCGGCGGGCGUGCGCGCUGCGUGUGCGCCGCGGCCUGCCGCCGCGCCGGCGCGGUCUGCGGCAGCGACGGUAAAACUUACCGCUCGCUGUGCCGGCUGAGGCGAAGAGCCUGCCGUCGCCCGGCCAAGCAUCUGUCCCUUGACUACCCGGGGCCUUGUCGAGUGGGUAGCUGCGACGGCGUCCGCUGCGGCGGCGACAAGCGCUGCGUGCUGGACGCCGAGCUCGGCGCACAUUGCGUGCGCUGCGGCGCGUGCAGCGUGGCCGGCUCGCCCGUGUGCGCAGUCGACGGUCGCACCUACGCCGGCGCGUGCGCGUUGCGGCGCGCGGCGUGCGAGCGCGGGAAAGCGCUGCCGCUGGCUUAUAAAGGCUCUUGCAAAGCGAACGCAACCUGCUCCACAAUAUCGUGCAACGCCGGUCAACGAUGCGUGGCGGGCGGCGCGAGUGGCGCGCGGUGCGUGUCGUGCGGUUCGUGCGGAGGAGGCUUACGGCGAGAGCUGUGCGGGACAGACUCGCGGACUUACCCGUCGUGGUGCCGGCUCCAGCGGGCGGCUUGCCACGCGGGGCAAGUCGUCGAUCCGUUGCAUCCUGGGCCUUGCAAAGGGAGCAAAAACAUAACGGACAAUAGAGUGACCGACGAGCGAAGCGAAGGCGCCGGCAAGCACGUGCUAUAGUCACAUUUCCUAUACCUUGCUGCUUCGGUUUAGAUAACCUGCGUUUUGUGUUAAUGUCCGUGUCUAAGUUAACAGUCGAAGCCUAAGAAACGAAGUUGGACGACGGCAUUUUACUGAAUAAGGCUUUGUUGACAAGGAGAGGGGACACCUUAGAACCAUGUCCAAGUAGUGCCAUUUCUGGUAA